AUGCAGUUUUUUCACAACAUCGUGAAGCUCGAUGGCAAGUGUGGUAGCAUGCUCACAGCCUGUGGCUUCCACCGUCACAUCUUCAACUAUGAGCGGCUGGAAUCCUUGUCCAUCGUCUCAGCGAUCUACCUCUGUGACCUCUGCCGCCAGGUGGCCAACACAGAUGCGGUGGUGCGGGCAACUCUGCUGGAGGAGAUGAUCUUCUCGGUUCUUACAGAUGCCUGGGUGGUGUAUCUGGAAGAUCCGCGGCUCGCGCCGCAUCUCGCGCUGAUGUGCUCGGCGUUCUGCUACCAUUCCGACUCGCACCAGGAGUUCGUGCUGCAGGGAGGCGUGAGAUUGGUGAUCCAGAUGUACACCAAGUCCAAGGUGGAGCACGUGCGGCUUUGCUGCCUGCUGUGUCUGCUGUACCUGGCGGAAACUGGGCACUCCCAGCGCAGCAUUGCCCAAGAGAAGGGCGUGAAGAUGCUUCUCACGGCCUGCGAAAAUGAGACGCACAUCGACCUUAUCGUGAAUGCGCUGAAGGCGCUAAUUCCUUUCGCAUGCUCCGACGAGUUCCGGCCACAGCUGGGCAUGGAUGGCGGCUUGGACACCUUCUCGGCUUUCAUGUUUUCCGACCAACUACAACUGCAGCAGCUGGGAGUCUACUUGCUACAGAACCUUCUGGAGUUUCGGGAGAAUCGCCGCAUCUUCCUCGGCCUGUCUGAGGAAAAGAAGUGUGAGGAAGACUACCUGGACAGCCUUCUGCGGUUGCUGCCCAGGGUCAGCACGGGCCAGCCGAACCGUAUCAAAGCAAUGAAGAAGGAUGGCGAUCGGAGAUCCUGCAAUUUGCACUUUUGCGGGCCCGAUGCCUUGAAAUACGGCAGGUGCUGCAUUCACUGCAUCGCUCUGCUGAGCUUGGAGCACCACUUGGGGAGCUUCCAGCGCUUUGUGGAUCUGGGGCUCAACAAGCUACUCUUCGACCUUUUCUACUCCGAGCAGAUCGACAAGUCCUCGGGAGAGGCAGUGGUCCUCUUCUUCGCCAACAUCUUGCACAGCUCGAAGCAGAUCCAGGCACAGAUCAUGAAGGGGGCGGAUGUGGUGCAGCUGCUGCUUUCGGCGAGGGAUAUGCUUUUCUCGCCGCACACGGUGUCGCGCUGUCUGUCUGCACUGCUGUGUAUCUCACGGGUGCCCGACUUCAAGAGGACAGGGCGGAGUGGGGAAUUUGGGCUUCGGAAUGAAGGUUCAGGGUCAGUUUGGAUGUGCUAG